AUGGAUACCAAUUACAGAGCGAAUAUCGCGAAGUGGCUGCCGCUCUCCAGUGGUACUCUCGACAAGUGGCUCGUAGACGCCUCUCUUUUGGACGAGAGAAUGGGAAAGCUCGUGGGUUACAUAGCUUUGGUCAUCGAGGACCUCGCGGAUGUUCGGGCUUGCGAUCUCGAGGUAUUUGAGGAGGUGAUCGACAGCUUGGAGGAGCUAAUAGAGAGUUACAAGUCGACGAGCAGCCCGGGAGAAUUGGGCGCUCACCCGAUAUAUAAAUACAAAGUGAAUCAUCUAUCGAUGGUGUUGAAGCGCAAGCUCAACGUUGUCGCGAAGUUCACCCGUAAUUUAAUCACUGAUAUCGUCGAUUAUAAGAGCAUGGAGAUCAUUAGAAUAGUGUUCAGGUUGGUGAAUGCUUACAACAGCAUACUCGACAUCGACCGGGAUGUGUCGGAUUCAUCCGUCAACGUCUUUUACAAUGACUGUCCGUCCAUGUUGGAACCGUUGAAGAAAAUCUCCGUGACCAAAAUAUUGCAGAUACUAGCGAAGAACAGAGCGGAGGAAUCCUGCCACGAGCUCAUCGACUGUCUUUUGGCGAACUACGAACCUCAUGAAAAGAUCGAGCCUACGUCUACAACGAACGACGUAGACGUUUCGGAAAACUCCAGUAUCGAGAUCUACCGUGCCCUUACGAGACAUUUAACUCCGCCAAUCGCGAGCGCUACGUCAACGUCCGAAGUAGAAAUAUCGAAUAUCGAAAGUGUACAGACGCUCGUAAACACGCAGAACGAGCAAAUCCUUCGACUUUUAAAUGUCGUACAAGAAGUUUCGCCGCAGUUGCUUGGCGCAGACGCUUUGAAGACCAGCAAAGGCGAAACAAAGUUGAGAAGCAGUGCGAUAAGGAAAGUGAAGGAAUACUAUCAGGAGGUCGCAUGGGGAGCCCUGUCCGGUAUUUUAGAUCAUGUGAUACUUUGGUGGUCCCGAGAAGCCCUCGCGACUCAUCACAGCCACGGCGCGCAGCAUCUUAAGGAUUGGCUACGGCAAUUUAUUCAGGAAAAUGAAAUUCCACCUACAGUCAGGCCGGCGCUGCAAAACUUGUGCGACGCGCUCGGUUAUCACACGACUAUCACCGCUUGGGACCAGCAGUUUAGAUUAGCGUACACCUCGGCUUUCGAAUGCUGUUCGAGGCCGUCGACCACGGAGGGAACCGACACGGGUCAGAUGUUCGUCGAGCUAUUUCAUUUGCUGGUCACCCUCAGCAACGAAUGCGAAGUGGGUGGCGAGUGGGUAGUAGGAGCGCCCUUGAUAGAGCUGCCUUUGUCGGAGCAGAUCGUAGUGUUGCACAGGAUGGACCAUUCGGUGCACACCGCGAGAUUAUGGGCCAUCCAAGAGGCCAAGGUCAUAGCGCACACUUGGGACCUGGACGUGUUCUUCCUGCUGGUGAAGGGCGACAUAGCGAACUGUCUUGACGAGCUGUCUUACCUCAAGCUCGCCGAUCACACGACCGCGUUGGGAUCCACCGAUGAAGCCCACGAUGCCAUCAGCGUCCAAGUGUACGUGUGCGCGAAGAUGAGGGCGAAGAUCGUUUCCGAAGUCAAGGCGAACGUUGAAUUGCUACAGAUUUGCUCCGCUCGGUGCAUCGACACGCUCGCCAAGAUCUGCCGGGUGGUCAGCCUCGCGAAUCUGCACAUGUGCUUCCCACGAUCGAAUUACUGGAGAAGAAGCAGCAGCGUGGCUCCGGCGGCGGCCAGUAAUUACGUGGAGACUUACUUCGAAAAGGUAUUGCUGCCGGUGUUGGAAGUGAUAGAGGACCACGAAACGUCAAACAUGAUUCUGCGAAUAAUGUGCGAGGCAUGGCUCGAUUAUAUUUAUCUGCAUCGCAUUAAGUUCAGCGAGUACGGUGCGCUGCAGCUGUUGACGGAUUUCGCGUACGUGUCGACGUGGGUCAAUGAGUGUUCAAUCAUAUCGCAAAACGUGAGGAGUCAUCUGCUGAAAAACGAGGUCCUGCGUCGCUGCGAGGGCGUCGGUCGACUUCUCUUAAGGCAUCCGGGCGAAGCGAUCGCUAUGCGUAAACGGCUGGCUCGCAGAACAAACGAACGGGGGUCGCCGGAAUCUCCAGGUUUGGAGCGCAUGCCGGCUGAAAUGUACGUCCCAAACCAAGAACAGUGGCUCGAGUUGCGCGCUCCUAAACGAUACAACUUUUGUUGCACGGAAUAGAAAAGAAAGAAGGAAAAGUCAAACGGACGAACGACGGAUCGUCAGUCGAACUUUCGAUCGUUGCAUUUCUUUUCUUUUCUCGCUUUCGACGUCAUCAAACAAGAC